GUAAAAGAUGGGGAAAAAUAUCCUGGACAUUCUAUUGGAAAAUAAUAAUGACAUCCGAUUGUUAAUCGUUAACUAGAAUUACUAACACAAGUAAAACAUCAAAAGGGCGAACAUUGUAUAUACAGUACAGUCGGGUUGGUCAGAGGAAACCCUUUCCAGUAUGGCGGACAAUUUGACGCGCCUAUAUAGAAAAAGAUUGCUAAGCUAAGACUGCGGCCAAUCGCAGAGUAGAAGGUGGGGUUUGCCGUAAAAGCUGGUUCAGUGAUUUUCGGGUAUUGGUGUAUUACGUCAAGUCCAUGUGGUUUCUGACAACCGUUAAUACUAAACUAUUUCGUUUUUAAAGUUUAGUAAAUUACUGACGUACAUUCGGAAAUGAGUUCUCAGAGAGGCACUGCGUCUCGAAAUCGAGGCCAAAAAUAUCAAAACACGACUGCGUUUAAAAAUGAUAAACAUGGCGCGAGUCCUCAAGUGAAGAAAGCCAACGCGAAAGUGCACGACGGUGUGUGUCAGCGCUGUAAAGACGUCCUGGAGUGGAAGGUCAAAUACAAUAAGUACAAGUCUUUAACACACCCUCGCAAAUGUGUUAAAUGCCUGCAGAAGACAGUGAAGGAUGCGUAUUACAUCAUGUGCAGGCCGUGUGCACUCCAGCUGCAGUUGUGUGCUAAAUGCGGGAAGAGUGAAGAGGUGGUCAUUCCGCUGGACAAAAAGGAAGACGAGGAUGUGGAGGAAGUAGAACCAAAAGUAAACAGGAGGAGAAAAAAUCGAGAAGCACAUCUCACAGAUGAGGAGGAUGAACUGGAUGAUUUGGAUGACUUUGGUGACAUGGACAGCGAUUGUGAUUCUGAGGAGAAAGAAAAAUAAGGAGAGGUCUCGUCUGUUAGCAGUGAACCUUAUCAUUGCUAACAUGGCGAAUCAUGAACUCUGAACAUACAGCAGAGUGAACAAGUUUUAACUGCUUGAGAAAACAUUGCUAAGUUCACGCAAAGGGCCAAGCAGUUCAGAAAGGAUUUUACUCAGAGAUGCAUCAGUGACUGAACGGCUCUCUGGGAUUUAAACUCACUACCUUCCUCUGGCAUCAAUAGUGAAGAGCCACAUCUGGCUAAAACCAUAUUUAAGCGUUACUACUUUUUUUUUUCUACUUUUCAACUCUGCAUUGAAUGUCAUGUACAGUGACUGAACUUUUGAAAUAAAAAAAAAGAUUUUCAUCCAGA